AUGGCGUCGACGACGACGACGAGCGAUGGAUUCUUGGACGCGCUGGACGCGGUGCUGGACGUUGAAAAUCCGGAGCUGUUCAAGUGGUUGACGGCGCAGGAGACGGCGCCGCGGGAGAUGCGAGAGAACGAGGCGUACGCGUCGCUCGCGGCGCACUGCGCGAAGUUUUUAGACGAAAAGAGCAGCGAGGCGUCGAGGGCGGCGCACGGGCGAGAGUGGAUACGGGGUUGGAACGAUAGCGGAGCGGGGAAUCAGUAG